AUGAAUAACUCAACAUUUAGCGAGGACUGUGGGGAAUUUGACACCCCAGUCACAAGGAUAGUGCUUACGACCAUAGUGGCAUCCAUCUGUUUCGUUGGAAUUCUAGGGAACAGUCUUGUUAUUUAUGUGGUAUGGAGUCAUCACCAUAUAAACCCUCUAUUCUUGAACCUGGCGAUAGCAGAUUUGUUGUUCAACCUUUUUUGCCUGCCUAUUACGGCAGCCCAUUACGCCCUAGGGAACGACGUACACUUGGGGCAGUUUGUGUGCAAGACGUACAUGUACGCCACGUAUGUCACAAUGGGCGUCAGUAUCUAUUCUCUUGUUGCUAUAUGCGCUGUGCGGUACGCAUGUAUUGCGUACCCACUGUACGUACACUCGGCACUUGGGCGGAAGACGGCGUACAUAGCAAGUGGUCUCACGUGGGUGGCCAUGUUGAUUCUUAACUCGCCAAUCCCCGUCAUUAUGCUAGAGGACGCCGGGCGUCGGUGCACUUCAAGGGACAAGACGAACACCGUUUAUUACAUUUACGCCUUCGUUAUCGUUGGAGCAGACUUUGCACUGCCUUUGAGCGUCAUAGCCGUGCUUUCGGUGCUCAUUAUCUAUCGACUACGCUCAAUGCGCGAUGUGCAGAGACGCAUGUCCCAAUAUCAGGUGACUUGCGCGUCCCCAAGCAUGCAUCACGCUUCCAAAAGUGCCACAAAGCGUGUGAUGGCUCUGGUUCUUCUGGUCGUUGCCGUCUUUCUUAUCUGCUGGACCCCAGGCAUGGUUUUGUUCUUAUGGAACAUCAUAACAGUAUUGGGACCGGACAGUAGUGUCGUAUCUGGGAAAACUUCCUGUCAUCAAAGGGGUGUUAUGUACAUAGUACAAGACAUUGCCGCCAUUAUGGCUUUUAGCAGUUCAAGCCUGAACCCAUUGGUUUACAAUUUCGGUUCAGAGGAGUUUCGGAAAGCUUUCGUUCAGGCAUUAACGCCGAGACACAUGUUGAGAAACAGACGGCGGAGUUCUGCGUCUGCCUCUGGGAUCGGUAUGAUAAGGAGGUGUGAAUUUAGUGCUCGUAGGACGAGAUCCAACAGAAGAUCAGAAGUUUGA